ACACCGGAAUCAACUGACAGAACGAGAAAUAGCUCCUGCUGUAACGUUAACUGACUGACAGUUAGUUCGUCCUCUGAAAGUGGGUUGGAGUCGUUUGUUUAUUAAUACAGAAUGGGAGCCUGUAUGGCGUUGUGCUCUCUUGCGAGCUGUGCCUCAUGUUUGUGUGGCUCCGCUCCAUGUCUCCUCUGUGGCUGUUGUCCUUCAUCCAAUAACUCCACAGUCACCCGGCUGGUCUUCUCUUUCUUCCUUCUCCUGGGGACACUGGUGUCUGUAAUCAUGAUCUUGCCUGGCAUGGAGACGCAGCUCCGCAAGAUUCCUGGCUUUUGUCAAGGAGGAACCACAAUACCAGGGAUCGAGAACCAUGUUAACUGCGAUGUGGUUGUAGGCUACAAAUCAGUGUAUCGCAUGUGCUUUGCAAUGGCAUGCUUCUUUUUCCUGUUUUCCGCAAUCAUGAUUCGUGUAAAAAGCAGCAAAGACCCUCGUGCCACUAUUCAGAAUGGGUUCUGGUUCUUCAAGUUUCUGAUACUUGUUGGCAUCACUGUCGGAGCCUUUUUUAUCCCGGAUGGAACGUUUCAUGAUGUCUGGUUCUACUUUGGUAUUGUGGGCUCCUUCAUGUUCAUCCUGAUCCAGCUCAUCCUCCUGAUCGACUUUGCCCACUCCUGGAAUGAGGUGUGGGUGAGGAAUGCUGAGGAAGGCAACAGCAAGUGUUGGUUCUCAGGUCUGUUGUUUUUCACUGUCCUGCAUUACGCCCUGGCCUUUGCAGCAGUCGUGUUGUUUUAUCUCUACUACACCAAACCAGACAACUGUGCCGAGCACAAGUUCUUCAUCAGCUUCAACCUUAUUCUCUGCGUCAUCAUAUCUGUGGUUUCAGUUCUGCCAAAAGUGCAGGAUGCCUCACCUCAGUCUGGUCUGCUUCAGUCCUCUAUUAUAACUCUGUACACUAUGUACGUCACCUGGUCAGCCAUGACCAACAAUCCUAAUCGUGAAUGUAACCCUAGUUUGCUCAGCCUGGUGUCCAAUAUCAGCACAACUGAGGCCAUGCCUACAAGCUCCCCUGGGAUGGUGCAGUUGUGGGAUGCUCAAGGCAUUGUGGGAUUGAUUAUCUUCCUCUUCUGCACCUUUUAUGCCAGCAUCCGUUCAUCCAGUAAUGCACAGGUGAACAGGCUGAUGCAGACAGAGGAAGGGAAGGGCACUGUGGGAGGGGAGGAGGUGGGUGAAGACGGACUGCGGCGUGCCGUGGAUAACGAAGAGGACGGCGUCACAUACAACUAUUCCUUUUUCCACUUCCACCUCUUUCUGGCCUCUCUCUACAUCAUGAUGACACUCACUAACUGGUACAAACCUGAUAUAACCACUCAGGCCAUGCAGAGCACUAUACCUGCAGUGUGGGUGAAGAUCAGCUCCAGCUGGAUGGGUCUGGGGCUCUACCUGUGGACGCUUGUGGCUCCUGUCAUUUUACCCAAUCGAGACUUCAGCUGAGCUUGAGUGGGUGAGACUCUCACCUGUACAAGCUGGCCACAUUUGUGCUAUGUCAGAAAUAUUACGAUCUCCAAAAACCAUUAAAUAGCCAAGAAUGUAAGCAAUUAGAAUCUGAAACAGACAAUUGGUGUCUAUUCUUAUAGACCUAGUAGGUACUUACACAUAUUAAAAAUACAUAGACAAAAUCAAAAAUAUAUGAUGCCAUUACAAGUAUUUAAAAAAAUGACAUUUAAGUCUGUUUCAGCUGUUUAGUAAAUUGACACAUGAAGUAAGGAUUAAUGUAGGAUGUAAUGGAUGUAAUGCUCGAGUGAACACCAAAUUCAGUUUUGCUUUGAUUCCUCCGUUCUUUUUAUCUCAUACUCGCAUCCUUAAGAUUAAAGAGCUAAAAUGCAAGUAAAGGUAAGGUGGAUGGACAAUUAAGGAAAUGAGAAGCACCCUUUUUGCUUAAUGAAUGAUUCACUGCUCUCUCAUUUCUUACACUAACAUUCAAAUGUUUGGCUUCUGUAAGAUUUUCAAAAUGAAAGUAAUCUCUUAUGCUUACUAAAACUGCAUUUAUUUAGUCAAAAAUACAGUGAAACCGUAAUAUUGCGUAAAAUUAUUACAAUUUAAAACAAAUGUUCUCUGUUUUAUUAUAUAUUAAAAUGUCCUUUAUUUAGUGACAGCAAGGCUGAAUGCAUCCUUUCUGAAUGAAAUUAUUUUAUGUAAAAAAAUAAAUAAAUCUUACUGACCCCAAACUUUUGAACGGCAGUGUACUUGGGAGUUGCUGUGUCUCCACACAUGAAGGAUUAAUUAAAUGAGUUAUAUAAACUAUUAGCUUAUACCAUAUUGUCGAUAUCAUUAAUAUUCACAUCUCAUGGUCCUUAAGGGUUAUUUCGCUGUGGUCUCUAACUCAUUAUGGCUUGUUAAUUAUAUUUUAUAAAGUCUGUAUUGCUCGUUUAUCUUGUUUAGCACUACAUGUUGGUUUAACAGGUGCAAGCUACGCAAACCUAAAGCCACACAUUUCCAGUUUAACAAAUACACACAAUAACUAUCCUACAGACCGUCAGCGUAGUGGUCCUAGCCACGAAUUCAAAUAUGCAUGAUACUGCUGCUAGAAACCUACUCUACCUGAAGAAGAAACCUUUUGUUUUUUAACAGUGAUAGCAUUUCAACUUCAGGGUUCAAUGCAUUGUACAAAAGACACUCUAUAAUAUAAAAAUUCACUCCGAUUUAGCACUUUUUUUCUCAAGCAAUGGGGAGAGAGGGUCGUCUGAGGGGCUUAAAGAGGGGGCUGUUUUCACUCCAUGUCCUCUGUAGAGCCCCUGGAACUUGUGCAUCAAGCAGAUAAACCCAAUCCGACACACCCUUCCCCCGUACAACUCACUACACCACACUGACUGGGGUCUACCACACUGCCAUGAACAACAGACUGUGCUGUAAUAUUAAUCGCUGAUCCAAAUUAAUAUAUCAUGGUGCUGUCAAUCCAUCGGAGGCAUGUGUUAGCAUAUUUAGCAUGUUGUUUGGCAGAAUAGUUUGGUGUGGCAAUAGAUAAUUUAGUGUAAAAUAAUACAUUUAUAUAGCACUUACAUACAGUUUAAAUGAACAGUUCAGGGCUGGUUAAUAUGUUGAAGUUGAUAUAUUUAAUCGGUAAAUGUUUUUGAAAACGGAAUGUUAAUGCUUCCACCUGUGACACUUUGUAUACAUUUUUUUUAUUAUUAUUACUUUUUUGUUAUUAAUUUGUAAGCACAUGCUGGAGUAAAAUUGCAUCAAGAAAAUGUUCUAAAAGUGACCAUACGCUUAGUUUACAUUCGUGUAAAAUUGCUAAAAAAGCUGUGUUAUGAAAGCAAAGUAUGAAGUUAAUUUCAUAAGGCUAAAAAGCUGUGUUAUGGAAGCAAAAUGUAAAAUUCAUUUCGUAAGGCGAAUUUCAUAACUCUAAGUAUUGUAGGUGUGUCUGCCUCAAGUCAUUUGGUAUUGCUUGUGCUAUGCUUGUGACAUUGGAUGAACACUGAUUGUGAAGUAUACUGUGUAUGUAAAGUAUAUUUGAACUUUUCCCAAGGUAACAAUUUGACAGAAGCAUGACGGUUCAUCUGUAGUCUAUUAUUAGGAGCAACAUGCAAGAUUAGUAAUUCUUCAUGUGCCUUUUUUAUGAUAACUUCUUAUCAAAAGCGACCAGGUUUUUUUUUUUCAGACCUAUGAAAAAGUGCCUUUGCUGUUUUAUAACAUUUCAUUUUUCCCACCAUGGACAAUAUUGCUCUUUUAGUUGUUUCUGUAGAAGUAGUUUUUCAGUGAUCUGGUGUUGUUCAGUUUGUGCUAAUGCUGUAUGUAUUUCAAUAAACUGAUGUAAACUGUU